AUGGGCCUCGUGAAACGGAUCGAGGAGGUCCAUGGUGCCUUUGGAGAGCAUGGCACGCUCAAGACGGAGCCUGUGAGGAUACAGCUCAAGGACAACGCCACCCCGUACGCGGUGCAGACUGCGCGCAGGGUCCCAAUACCGCUGACGUCCAAGGUCAGGGAGGAGCUGCGCCGCAUGGAGAAGUACGGCAUCAUAGAGGAGGUAACCCAGCCAACCGAUUGGUGCGCCCCCAUGGUGCCCGUGCUCAAAAAGAACGGAAAGGUUCGUAUAUGUGUGGAUCUUAAGAAACUAAAUGAACAGGUAAAGAGAGAGAGAUUCAUCUUACCUACACCAGAGGAGAUUACAGCGGAGCUGUGUGGAGCAACGGUGUUCUCCAGCCUUGAUGCAGCCUCGGGGUUCUUCCAGAUUCCUCUGCACAGUGAGAGUAGCCUACUCACCACAUUCAUUACGCCAUUUGGCAGGUACUGUUUCCGGCGCUUACCGUUCGGGAUAACGAGCGCCCCAGAAAUUUUCCAAAGGAAAAUGUCGGAGACACUUCAAGGCCUACAGGGCGUCUCAGUUUACAUGGAUGACAUUGUUGUGUAUGGGAAGGACAUGGAAGAGCACGACCUCCAUCUCCAGAAGGUCCUGGAGAGAGUCGAGUCUGCUGGGCUCAAGCUCAAUAAGGAAAAGUGUAAGCUCAGACAAGAGCAGCUCAACUUCCUGGGCCAGGUGGUCGACGCCACAGGCGUGCGGCCGGAUCCAGCAAAGGUGCGAGCAAUCCGGGAGCUCGCUGCACCAGAGAACGUUCACGAGCUCAAACGUAUCCUGGGCAUGGUGAACUAUCUCGGUAAAUAUGUGCCGAACCUGUCCACAGUGGGCCAGCCACUGUACGAGCUGCUCCGGUCCAAGACAGCUUGGACCUGGGGUCCAGCACAACACACAGCUUUUGAGAAGCUAAAAGAGCUACUGAUGACAUCGCCAGUGUUAGUGUUUUAUGACGUCAACAGACCCACCGCUGUCUCAGCUGAUGCAAGCAGCUAUGGGCUCGGUGGCGUGCUGUUGCAGCUCCAUGGACAAAACUGGAAACCAGUCGCAUACUGCUCAAGGAGGCUGACCGACGCAGAGACCAGAUACGCGCAGAUCGAGAAAGAGUGCCUGGCGAGUGUCUGGGCCUGUGAACGGUUUGAAAAAUACCUCUACGGCCUUGAGAGUUUUGAACUUGUGACAGACCACAAGCCCCUGGUCCCACUAAUGAACAGUAAGGACCUAGACAACGUUCCAUUAAGGUGCCAGAGACUUCUUAUGCGGCUCAUGCGCUUUAAGCCAGUGGCUGCGUAUGCGCCGGGGAAGACCCUUGUUGUGGCAGACACACUGUCACGGAGCCCUCUGAGUCACACCGAGGACGGGAGAGACACACACUCUGAGGUUGAGUGCUACAUUGCAGCAGUCAUGGACAGCGUGCCAGCUACCCCACAAAAGAUGGACAACAUCCGAGCAGCUACUGCGGCUGAUGAGAAGCUGCAGACAGUGAUCAGGUACAUCAGGUUCGGCUGGCCAGAACACGCAUGCCAAGUACCAAGUAACAUACGUGAGUACUUUUCUAUGAGAGAUGAACUUUCAGAGUAUGGCGGGAUGGUCGUGAGAGGAAGCCGCAUCGUGAUACCAGGGACGCUGAGGGCAGAAAUCCUUGAGAGAAUCCACGACGGACAUCAAGGGCUCUCAAAGUGUCGGGACAGGGCAAACGCCGCUGUCUGGUGGCCCGGCAUUUCCUCACAACUGAAACACAAGGUGUUGUCAUGUCAGUCCUGCUGUGAGUUGAGAAGAGCACAGCAGAAGGAGCCGUUAAUCUCUACUCCGCUCCCCGACAGACCAUGGCAGCGCAUAGCUCUGGACUUAUGUGAGCAUAAUAAACAGAACUACUUAAUCAUCUCAGACUACUACUCGAGAUAUAUCGAGAUACUGCACAUGAAAACUACAACAAGCGCUCAUGUCUCUCUGAAGCUGAAAGCUAUGUGCGCCCGCUACGGCAUUCCAGAUGUGGUCGUCAGCGACAACGGGCCGCAGUUCACAGGCACAGAGUUUCAAGACCUCGCCCGUGAGCUUGACUUUGAACACGUCACCUCAAGCCCACACAACGCACAAGGCAACGGUCACGCAGAGAGGGCGGUGCAGACCGCAAAGCGAAUAUUGAAACAGAACGACCCUCUCAUCGCACUCAUGUGCUACAGGUCAACACCAUGCAGCACAACUGGAGCCAGCCCAGCUGAACUACUAAUGGGCCGGAAGAUUCGAACGACACUGCCUACCCUCGAGAGAAACCUGCAGCCCUCAUGGCCCGACGGGCAGCGCAUCAGGCAGAAGGACGAGGCAGAGAAGAAGAAGCAAGCCUUCUACUACAACCGACGCCAUGGGGCCAGACCCCUACCCCCACUUCAGCCUGGUGGUAACGUCCUCACCAAGCUGGACCACCAGAAAUCCUGGACAGCUCCUGCAGUUGUGACCGCUGAGAGUGUCACGCCACGCUCUUACAUCAUCCAGACGCAGCAGGGGGCAAGACUCAGGCGCAACCGGCGCCACCUGCAGGAGAUGCCUGCUCCACAGCCGCCUGGAGGCGAAGCACCUGUCUUACCUGUUUGCACGGACAUCAAUCGACAGCAGGGGGACUCCAGUGUCAGCAUGCAUGCUGGUGCUGAAAAUCUGUCACAGACCAGGUCUGGACGGAUCUCUAAGCCAGUCAUCAGACUGGACUUGUGA